AUUGCUGCUUCCCCCUUUUCCUCAGCUGAGGGCAGAUUUCCAAGCACCUGUCCCUUUGAAGGGAGGCCGAACUACAUUCUCCACCACUCCCUUCGAGAAUGUCACGAUGCAGUUGCUUAAUAACAAGCCAAACAGGAAGUGAUGAGAGUCACAUGGGAGAGAUUUAAAGGUUUUAUCUGUUAUUGAGGAGACUUCCCCAUCAACCUCAAGCCCAGCAUUGGGUAGUGAAGGAAAAUGGAGCUUGCAGAUCUCUUGAAAUUUGUCGUCAUGGAAAUCAAUGGAACAACUGUAACAGUGGCUCUGCUGGUGAUCCUCCUAGUGUUACUCUAUUGGUAUUCCACCUCUUCGUUCUCCAGGCUGAAGAGGGUGGGUAUCAGGCAUCCUGCACCUUUGCCUUUUAUCGGAAACCUGCUGUUCUUUCGCCAGGGCUUUUGGGAAAACCAUACAAAACUGAUCACGGAGUAUGGACCUGUUUGUGGAUACUACAUCGGUCGGCGAAUGUACCUGUUGGUGUCCGAGCCAGACAUGAUCAAACAUAUCUUAGUGAAGGACUUCAGCAACUUCACCAACAGAAUGACACCAGGCUUGGUUACCAAGCCAGUAAUUGACAGCAUUCUUUGUCUGCGGGAUCAGAGGUGGAAAGAAGUCCGGAGCAUACUGACCCCGGCCUUCAGCUCUGCAAAAAUGAAAGAGAUGACUCCACUAAUAAACCAAGCAUGUGAUGUCCUGCUGAGUAACUUGAAGGUGUAUGCAGAUUCUGGCAAUGCUUUUGAUAUCCAAAGGAGUUAUGGCUGCUUCACUUUGGAUGUCGUCGCUAGCGUGGCUUUCGGUACCCACGUGGAUUCUCAGAAGAAUCCUGAUGAUACCUUUGUUAAGAACUGCAAAAAAUUCUUUGAAUUUUCAAUGCUUAGGCCCAUCCUAAUUCUAAUAAUUGCAUUUCCAUUCCUAAUGAUCCCACUGUCCCGGAUUUUGCCAAACAAGCGUCGUGAUGAGAUGAAUGGAUUUUUUAUCAAAGCCAUUAAGAAUAUGAUUGCCUUAAGAGACCAGCAAGAUGCAAAUGAGAGGCGCAGAGACUUCCUCCAGCUGAUACUCGAUGCCCGCAGCUCUACUAACUACAUCGGUGUGGAGCACUUUGACAUAGUCAACCAAGCUGAUGUUUCCAUUCAGGACAAUAAGCCUUCUGUUGACAAGGCCCUGCCUAAAAAGGUUCAGAAGACAUUGUCUGAGGAUGAGAUAGUAGGCCAAGCCUUCAUCUUCCUGAUUGGUGGGUAUGAGACCACCACCAAUGCCCUCUCCUUCGCCACCUACUUAUUAGCCACCAACCCAGAGUGCCAGGAGAGAUUGCUUCAGGAGAUAGAUGAAUUCUCUGGAAAACAUGAUGUCCCUGACUACCAAAAUAUCCAAGAGCUCCCUUACCUGGAUAUGGUGAUUGCAGAGACAUUGCGCAUGUACCCACCUGCAUUCAGGUUCACUCGGGAGACGUCGAAGGACUGCGUAGUGAUGGGACAGCAUAUUCCAGCUGGCGCUGUAAUAGAAAUUGCAGUUGGACCUCUGCAUUAUAACCCUGAGUUCUGGCCAGAACCUGAGAAAUUCAUCCCUGAGAGGUUCACCGUGGAGGCCAAACUGCAGCAGCAUCCCUUUGCAUACCUCCCAUUUGGGGCAGGACCUCGCAGCUGCAUUGGCAUGAGAAUGGCUUUGCUGGAGAUCAAGAUGACCCUGCUCCGGAUCUUGCAGAAAUUCAGAUUUGAAACCAGUCCCAAGACCCAGAUUCCUUUGCAGUUGACAUCUGUAUCGUCAUUAGCACCAAAAAACGGAGUCUAUGUUAAGAUAGUACCUCGAUAGAGCAAAAACCCCAUUCUGAAAGUCUCCAAGGAGGUGAUCCAUUGCUCAGUGGCUCGCUGAUAGAUUGGGGGUAACAUUUUCAAAAGUACUUAAGUGACUUGAGAGCCUAAAUCUCAUUGAAAGUGUGGGCCAAAAUCCUGCUGACUUUCAGUGAGACUCAGCCUCCUAAGUCACUUUUGAAAGUGGGACUUAAGUACUUUGGAAAGUUUUACCCAAGCACAUUACUGUGAAUUGUCUCCGAAAAAGCCUCUCACUUUUCAUCAGCCUUAGUGGUCAUAGCAGGGCCCACUUCAUUUUACUUAUCUACAUGGAAGUUUGUCCAGGCUCCAAUGUGACAAUCUUAGCAGUCUGAACUUCCUCACCUUCAGCAGAUUUCUAUAUGAUGUUGAAUGAUAGCUUGUUAGCUAACACCUUUUAACAACAGACCUUUAAAUCCCACUCUCAGUAAACUCUGAAAGGCAACGUGUGUAGUUCUAACAGCAAUGACUAGAAAUCGGGACACCUGGGUCCUACUCUGAACUCUGCCAUUGACUGAUCUUGAGCAGAGAGCCUAGCCUCACUGUAUCUGUCAAAUGAAGAUAAUGCUUACUCACCUUUUGUAAAGCGCCUUGAGACAUUUGGAUGAAAUGUGCUAGUAUUAUUAUCUAACUGUUGUUACAAUGGAUUUAAAAAUAAUGGUAAAUGUCUGUACAGCACUUAAGUUCCUAUAAGAAAGACCAGACCAAAGAAUGUUAUAGACUGCUAUUAAGUUUUGUAUGUUACUGAAUAGUAUUUAGAAUAUACAAGUUUGAAGGGUUUAGGAGGACUUGGGGAAUUUUAGGGUUGACCUGAAGAUAGUGGCACAGCAGUAGUUUUCCCAGCAUGGCAUGACACUUCUCCUUGCUAUGCAUUUCAGUUGGCUCUACUCUUGGUCAGUUCAUUGGGUCAAAGGAAAUGAAGGAGGUUGCAUGGGCUAGUGCUUAAAGCCAAGGAUUGGGAGCCAGGAACCUCAUUUCCAAUAGCUACACUAACUCCUUAGGUGACCCUGCAGCAAGUCACUUCACAAACCUGUGCCUCACUCAACCAACAUGGGUGAAUGCUAGGCCCAGAGGCUGCCUGCAUGUCUUCACAGCCAAAGCAAAGGCAGCACUUACUUGAUUCUUCAGGACCAUUUGCCCACUGCCUCUGCAGUAGCUAAAAGCAAUUUGUCCAUGUUUGGAAUUUUUCCAUAUUUGCACAUAUGGAGAAAAUGGUCUCUUCUGCUGCAUAUUUGGAGGGGUGCAUGAUAUCCAAAUAGAGGCAGAAAGUUUACUCCAUGCCCAACCCUGGGGAGGAAAUUGAGAAAGGAACAAAGUUGUCAUAGGCCCAAGUUUUUGUGUGUGUCCCUGUUGCUGGCCCCUGGGUCCUUGGUGGGCUAGUGGAGUGUCAUGGAGCAUCCUUCACACUAGCUGCAGCAUGGUUAGAAUUCCCACCAGCUUCUACUGCUAUCUUAACCCUCAAUGACUGUGGCUCAGAUCCUCAAAGAUAUUCCACUGAUUGAUUUCAAUGGAAGUCAAAGAGCCUAAACACCUUUGAGGAUGUGGGCACUUGUCCCUUCCUAGGCAGACUGGCAGCACCAAUUACAUUACAAGUCAUUAGAGGAAGUUCUACCCACUGAAGAAGGUAGGUCUCAGUUGGAGAGGGGGGUGAUAAGAGGCAGCCUUCCAAGUUUGGGAGGGAGAUGUAUAUUAUUUUCUUUAAACAUAGGGCCCUACUUUUGUUUUCUCUUGUUCAUGAUCUCAGCGCGCAGUGGAAAGAAGGAGGUCGGCGAAGUUUAUUCAUUUUGCCAAAAACGUUAUUUCCUCCACUGUGAAAUUAAAUUUCCUCAAGUUUCAUCCAGCUGAGCACUCAUGAGUACUUUUAGCAAAAGUUCACUGGGCUUUUUUAAACUUAACUUCAGAUUGCCCUUUAAAAAAUAACACUUGUUGCUAGUUGACAUGUAGGGGAGGAAGGGAAAGCCACACUGGCUCUCUUUGGGAUUUGAUCUUCUGCUGCAGUAGCUUCAGCUGAGCCAGGAACCCUUCUUUCCUAAAGCUAUACUAGAGGAAACAGCAUCUCUCUUGCAUGGUAGACACAAAAACAGCUGCAGUAUCUUUUUCUGCUGCCGCGUGAAAGUUCUCUGUAGAUAAGGUACAAAUGAUAUUGAGUAAGGAGCUCUAUUAUAAUACUGCUGCUGCUCCAUGAUUUCCAUCUACAGUUUCUUGCUUGCAUACGACACAUUGAGACUGGGAUGAUUGGCACAUGCUGCUUUCAUCUCUUGCUUAUCAUUGUGACCACACUUUUAAAAUUCAUGCUCUCAUCUUCCUUACCAAGGCUUGUGUUGAUUUCUGUGGCGGAAUUUUCUUCUAGCUUGAGUUCUAGAGUAGUAACUGUGGAUUAUAGGCCUGAUAGUUAAUGCUCCAGCCUUGCCAUGCUGGAGUUUAAAUGACUCAAUGUGCCUAUGAAAUGAGAUAUUGAGUUAAUGGUCUUAUCGAAAAAGAUGCAGCAUGUACCUCUAUGUACAAUUUUGCCUCAUUUUUUCAAUAGCAUAUUAUUUGUGGUUGUGAUUCUAAAUUAUACCUGUAAACUGGAAUAGUGUAGGGUAGUCUCAUUAAAGAUUUCCCCCCUCUAUUU